GCAGGGUGACAAUCUGUAAUUUACCCUCUUUGCGAACAGAGAGACACGCCACGCUUCCUUUAUGCGACAACCGAGUGAAUUUCUCUGCAUUCUGAAAGGACACCGGAAACCAGGUCCAUCUUUUUUAUGAUCAGAGAUCCGGCAGUAUGACAACUCCUCUACUCAAAGCUGUGACUCUCACACACGUUCGCUACCAAAAGGGCGACCGAUUGGGUCACUUCCUUGCAUGGGUUUCUUUGAUCCCUGUCUUCAUCAGCCUUGGUGGUUUCAUUUCUCAUUUUGUUUUUCGUCGAGAGCUUCAGGGCAUUUUCUUUGCCCUUGGCCUCCUCAUAUCUCAGUUUAUCAACGAAGUCAUUAAAAAAUCGGUUCAGCAGUCUCGGCCCGAGACAUGCAUGCUACUCGAGAUGUGCGAUUCCCACGGCUGGCCCUCCAGUCACUCUCAGUACAUGUUCUUCUUCGCAGUCUACUACACUCUUCUCAUGUACAAAGGAAUUGGGCUCGCCGGCGUGAGGAAGAAGUUCACUGUGGGGUUUAUACCUUGGUCUGUGGCCUUACUCACUAUGUAUUCUAGGGUUUACUUGGGGUACCACACUGUCGCACAGGUCUUUGCCGGUGCCACGCUUGGUAUUGCUCUGGGGGCCUUGUGGUUUUGGGUUGUCAAUUCUAUGCUUAUAUGCUAUUUUCCGGCAAUUGAAGAGAGUACAAUUGGGAGGAUGCUUUAUAUCAAGGAUUCUUCACACAUACCAGAUGUGUUGAAGUUUGAGUAUGACAACGCAAGAGCCGCUCGGGAGAAAUUGGCCUGCAAGUGUGCAACAGAUUAAAAAAUCUCAACCAUGCUGGUAAGCUUUACUCUGUUUAUGUU